CAUCCAUUCUCUUUAAACCCCCCACCUCUCCCCCCCAAUUCUUCUUCACCACACUCUCUCUCUCUUUCCCUCUCACUUGCUUUUGUGAUUUCCCCCCUCUUCUCCCAACAACAAAACCACACCUCCUUUCUGAGACAACCAAGCAAGAAGUGAAAACUUUGUCUCACAAAAACAUGGGCACUUUGGUGGGACAUGUGGCACCAGGCUUUGGGUUUUUCAUCAUUGGCUUAUGGCACCUCUAUAACCACAUCAAGCUCCAUGCUCAGUACCCAAAUUCUUAUACCUCUUUACCAUGGUUUCCCACCUCAAAAAGCAGGUACUUUGAGCUCUUCUUGAUCAUGGGAGGCAGUGUUGCCUCCAUAGCCAUGGAACUCUUCAUAAGCCCUGAUAGACACCAACCCUUUGACUCUGAUGGAACCAUCCCUUCCAACCAUCUCCACAACUUUGAACACUCCAACAUCUCACUGACUUUCAUUGUCUAUGCUGCUUUUGCUAUAGCUCUUGACAAAGUUGGCCCCAAAGCUCAACAUGGGCUAACACAAUUGAUUGGUGCCAUAGCCUUUGCACAAAUGUUUCUUCUAUUUCGCUUUCACUCAACUGACCACAUGGGCCCAGAAGGCCAAUACCACUUACUUCUACAAUUUGUUAUUGCUAUUUCUCUAGCCACCACUCUUAUGGGAAUUGGUAACCCAAAGAGUUUCAUAAUCAGCUUUGUAAGGUCGGUCAGCAUAGUUUUUCAAGGUGUGUGGCUUAUGGUCAUGGGCUUCAUGUUGUGGAUACCAGAAUUGUUACCUAAAGGUUGCUUUUUGCACCUAGAAGAGGGUCACAAAGUGGCUAGGUGUUCAGGGGAUGAAGCACUUUAUCGUGCUAAAUCAUUGAUAGUCCUUCAAUUUAGCUGGUACGUUGCUGGAAUCACCAGUUUAGCAGUGCUUUUCUAUUUAUUUUUGGUUAAAGCUUAUGGAGAGAAGGUGGAGUAUGCUUCAUUGAUAAAAGAAGAGGAACGAGAAGGAGAAGAUUUUGAUGAUAUUGAGUCCCAAAAGAAGAGCAAAAUUGGCAAUUCAACGAGCUUUAUUCAAAUGGGAAAAGCCUUUGCACCCAUUGACAUGGAAAGGUAAUAAAAAGGAAGAGGUAGAUGUGGUUAGGUAUGUGUAUAAAAAAUAUUAGGUUGGUGGGAUCACACUUCUAUUUUUAUCAAUUUGGCCAGUAAUAAUGUCAUUGGCAUUAAAGAUAACAAUGACAUGGGAGAGAAAGUGCAUGUGGGGUAGAGAGAAAAUUAGUGUGAAAUUUGUUUGGUUUACAUUGAUGGACUUAAAGCUUAUUGGAAGUCCAUUGUAUUUGUGUGUAUAGAGAGGAAGAAGAAAAAAAAGUUAUUUGACUAUAAUAUCUUGAAACCACCAACUUGUAUAAAUCUUGAUGAUUUUUGGUUUGAUAUAAAUUAUAAUGUACUACCUUGUUCUUUAA